AUGACAGCGAAGAGGCUGAAGACAGCAGAGGAAGAAAGCGAAGAGGAAGAACGAGACGAGGAACGAAAGAGAAAGAGGAUGACUGAGAGAGGACAAGAGAAGCGGACAUGCCAGAGCGAAGCGGAUGACGAGCAGCGGAUGGCAGACGAAGAGGAAGAAAGAGCAAGAGGCAGAAAGACGAAGAGGAAGACAGAGCAGCGGAGAAAGCGAAGAGGAUGGAAGCGAAGCGGAACGCAAGAGCAGAGGAUGACAGCGACAGAGGAUGAAGAGACGAGGAUGAAGAGAAGAGGAAGAACGAGAGCACGAGGACGCACGAGAAGAGGCAUGACGCGACGAGGAAGCAAGCGAAGAGGAAGAACGAGAAGAGGAAGAACGAGCAGAGGAAGCACAGCGAAGAGGAUGAAGAGACGCGGAUGA